GAUGACGUCACACUUGGUAGCGACGUUUGUUUUGAUACAAGUGAGCUGCAAGGGUGAGAGCAAAUGUCUUCUUUAGAAUAUUCACAGCCUUUCCCGUCUUUACGAACUGACGACUUGAUUGCGUCUCUCACGAUUCAACGGCUGUCGGACUUCUCGCUACAGAGCAAACAACUGCGAGACGAAAACGUCGAGUUGAAGAACUGUCUUCGCGUGCUUCGUGAAAACACCGACGUGCCAGCCAGCAAUUUGAUCUCGUCGGUCAUUGGAUGGAAUACUGGGGAAAAGGCGAAAGAAAUUCCUGCUGAAAUUUUACGAGGUCCUGAACUAGAGCGUUCCAACCUCAGCCCAGUACCUUACCCGCCCAUUCAGUUUCAAAACCUGCCAAAGUCAUAUUCUCCGUCGUCAUCGCAACGGAACAUGUCAGCUUAUCCAAGGUCAGACGACAGGUAUCAGGUAUUGGGACCUCCAGAGUAUGUAGCAUGGCCCGUGAACGGAUCGGACUUCGGCGGCUCAGAAAGGUCUUUGAGUAAACUGAGUUCGGUGCCCGUCUGUGGACACUGUAAUCAGGAGCCGGAGAGUCCGGGAAAGACGCCAAGCUACCUGGUGCCACCCGAUGCGUUCUCGGACACGGCCUCCAAGAUCUCGUCGACGAGGUCUUCAGGUCGAGCUGGUCCGAAAAUGACAUCGACGCCAAAAUCAGGACACCGUUCUCCGAAGCGGUCGAAAGAUGGAUCCAAAGAGCGCCGAUCGAAGAGCCCCAAGGAAGGCAAGACUGGCCGAACAAAGUCGGCAAAAGCCAGCGGCAAAGCCAAGAAAUCUCGAUCGCCGUCGCCAGCUUCCCGCGGCAGCAAAAACAAAAAAAAAGGAAGCGAGAGAUCGUCACGUUCAAUUUCUCGUACAAAUUCUCCUUUGUCUUCUGACAGGCAGGGUUCGAAAGAGGUCCUUCCAGGACAUGAGACUGACGGUCGGAUGGCAUCAAACGAACUAUCUCCACGAAAUUCAGGAGGGGUCUGUGAUUCGUGUACAAGACAUUCAGGAGGGACGACACCAGCAUUUCAUCCUAUAAACAGCGUAGCCAGCAUCUGCUCGUCGUGUUCCGGGCAGCACAUGAGCCUGUUACCCGGAAGUAGAUCGUCUUCCCAGCACUACCCCAUCAUCGCGGUGGACUCGGAACUGGUAGACGACGGCGAGUCCUACCCACAGUCCUACAGAAUCCUGGGCGAGAUCGCCUUCCAACUGGAACGUCGCAUCCUCGACUACGUCUUCUGCGGCGACAAGUCCAAACUGGUAGGAUCGCGCGGCCGCAGACGUUUCUAUGGUUACACUGUGAACAACAUCCCAGUGAUGAUUUCGAAGGAGGCGGAGGGAGAGGAUGGGGAGGUGGAUCAGGAUCGUGACCAGCAGAUCCGUAGCCGACUGCAGCGAAUCACCCAGACCCUGGCCUCCCUCGGUUACAACAUGGACAAGCACAGCGUCGUGUCCCAGAAGAUCAUCAACAAGUACGGCCUGCUGGGAACCAUCCCACACAGGAGCACCAUGGACGCGUUCGGGAUGAACGACGACGAUACGCUGCGCUCGCUGGUGAAGAAGAUCACGUGCGACGAUGAGGAGAGGAAGAAUAUGAUGAUCCUGGUCGAGUGUCUGCUGCUGUUGGCACGACAGGACGGAAAACCCAUACUGCUCUGGUAGCAACCAAGGGAAACAACUCAGCUGAAGAAAACGUCUGACAAACUCAUUAAUUGCUGCUCUGGUAGUAACCUAUGGAAAUAAUCUAAUAAAAACUAAAAAAAAUUUAUAUAAUAAAAAAAAAAUAAUAAUAAUAAUAAUUUUGAAAAAAAAUUGUACAGUAAUUCUUUGGUGGUAACCAAGGGAAAUAAUCAGAAAAGGACCGACUUAACCUUAUUACAUAUAUGUAAAAAAAAAAAAAAAAAAAAAAAAAAAAAAAAAAAAAAAAGGUUCUCUUACAAUGCUUGGCAUUAUAGCAAAGCCAUAAUUAUUGCUUGGGUAAUAUAGAUAAAGAGGGAUAACUUCCAUUGUUGAAGAAAAAAGAAAGAAAAACUCAAGCCAAAUGUGUUAUAAUAGAAGGUAUUUAUUGUAUAUAUAUAUAUAUAUAUAUAUAUAUAUAUAUAUAUAUAUAUAUAUAUAUAA